UGCUGUUAAUCAUAAAGAAGGCGAUGAUUUUAAUAAUUAUAAUAACUCAUGUGAACUGAUGUUUAAUGCUGGGUAGACAUAAUAAAUUUAUCUUCAGUUUGCGUAGAAGUCUAUUUCAAUUGAAAUGAAUGCUCUACUGUUUCUGUUAUAUUUUUGUUUAUCAAGCACAACUGUGCAAGGAAAAAGAAGGCAUGGGAACUCUGAUGAAAUGGAGUACAUGAUGGAACUGUAUCAUGUGUUAGAGUCAGUCCCAGUAGCAAAAGAAGUACUUGAUAGUGGAACUCACCAUUCAUCAGUAUUGAGUGCUAAUACUGUACAUAGCUACACUGGAAAAGGAGAUAUUGAGAGUAGCAGCUCUUCUGCAAAGUUUUACUAUGUAUUUGAUGACAUCAAUAGCAAGACAGAAAGUAUUGUUGCUUAUCAUUUAAGAAUAAAGUUUAAAAAAGCUCAUCAUUAUUGUUCAUUUACCAGAAAAACUGGCAUUCAUGACAACUGCAUUGGGAACUCUUCUUAUCUGAUGAUGAUCUCAAACUGUCAUCAUCAGCAUCGCUCUUUACUAGUCAGUGUAAAAUCUCUCAUAACUGAUGUAGAUAUGGAACAAGUAUUGAUAAGAGGGGAGUCUACCAUCUGUUUGGCGAUUAAUAUUUAUCAUUAUGGGCAGCGAAAAACUGACAAAUUAAAAAGCAAAGAUAUCCUUCAAUAUCUAGUUCACAGUCAUUCUCCUGUUCUACUGGUGUACUCUUACGAUAAUGAUACCCUAUCCUUUCCUGACAUUAUUCCUUACACAAGUAAUGCAGCAACUCACAAUAACACGACAAAAAGAGAAGCCAACCCACUGAGGAAGUCCAGGUCAAAACACUGCCGCUUGGUAAGACACUAUAUUGACUUCAAACGAAUUGGAUUCAAUAAGAUUAAGUUUGUGUUACCGUCUGGCUACUAUGCCAACUAUUGCCAUGGGCACUGCUUGUUCCCAUUAAGCAGAAGAAAGGUGACACUUCAUGCUCAGGUACAAAGUCUUGCUGCUCAACUGAGAGGCGAUAUACCUCCUCCUUGUUGCUCAGCUGUACGCCAUCGCUCUUUGGUCAUGUUGACUUACAAUCAAUCAAGGAAUCUGGUUCUAAAGCGAAGGAAAAAUAUGGCUGUCACCAAGUGUGGAUGCAUUUGAAAUUGAAAAAGAAUUGAAUUUAUUAUUAAUCAACAAUCAUUAUGAUGAUAAAUAAUUAUUAUGACAAUUAAAUACAUGUAAAAAUAUUGAAAUAAGUAGCAAUGCUGUCAUUAUUUAUGCAAUGGAGUCAAAUUAAGUUAAA